UUUUUUUUUUUUUUUUUGAGACAGAGUCUUGCUCUGUCGCCCAGGCUAGAGUACAGUGGCGCAAUCUCGGCUUACUGCAAGCUCUGCCUCACAGGUUCAGGCCAUUCUCCUGCCUCAGCCUCUCGAGUAGCUGGGACUACAGGUGCCGACAACCACGCCCAGCUAAUUUUUAUUUUUUUUUGUAUUUUUAGUAGAGAUGGGGUUUCACUGUAUUAGCCAGGAUGGUCUCGAUCUCCUGACCUCAUGAUCUGACUGUCUCGGCCUCCCACAGUGCUGGGAUUACAGGCGUGAGCCACUGCGCCCGGCCAAGAGGGACCUUUAAGAGGUGGUUAAGUCAUGACGGCUCCUCCCCUCUUGAAUGGAAUGAAAAGCCUUGUACAAGAGGCUUCAUGCCAUGUUCAGCCUGCCCCUUAGCCUUCUACUCUGUGAGGACACAGCAUUCCUUCCUUCCAAGUGCUGCAGCUCUCACAAGACAAUCAAACAAGCCUGCACCUUGAUCUUGAUCUUCCUAGCCUUGAGAACGCACUUCCAGACCAUGCUGAAGUCUAAAUUGAAUGUCUUAACACUGAAAAAGGAACCUCUCCCAGCGGUCAUCUUCCAUGAGCCAGAGGCCAUUGAGCUGUGCACGACCACACCGCUGAUGAAGACAAGGACUCACAGUGGCUGCAAGGUUACCUACCUGGGCAAAGUCUCCACCACUGGCAUGCAAUUUUUGUCAGGCUGCACAGAAAAGCCAGUCAUUGAGCUCUGGAAGAAGCACACACUAGCCCGAGAGGAUGUCUUUCCAGCCAAUGCCCUCCUGGAAAUCCGGCCAUUCCAAGUGUGGCUCCAUCACCUCGACCACAAAGGGGAGGCCACAGUGCACAUGGAUACCUUCCAGGUGGCCCGCAUCGCCUACUGCACCGCCGACCACAACGUGAGCCCCAACAUCUUCGCCUGGGUCUACAGGGAGAUCAAUGACGACCUGUCCUACCAGAUGGACUGCCACGCCGUGGAGUGCGAGAGCAAGCUCGAGGCCAAGAAACUGGCCCACGCCAUGAUGGAGGCCUUCAGGAAGACUUUCCACAGUAUGAAGAGCGACGGGCGGAUCCACAGCAACAGCUCCUCUGAAGAGGUUUCCCAGGAAUUGGAAUCCGAUGAUGGCUGAAUGAACUUGAGAUGCUUCAGCAAAGGCAGCAUUGGUCACGGAGUUCAAGGGAAUAGAUGAGUAAGCAACGUUUCAAAUUUGGGAUGAAAAGACUGCCAAACUAUUGGCUGACCAAGCUUUUUAAAUUCAGAAGAGCAAUUCUAAAUCUAAAGAAAUGUAUCAUUAAAGUAAUUACGUUCCAUUGAAACCUGCUGCUGCUGUGACUGUGAGGAGGGUGGGAGUGUGGAUAGGGAGGAAGGUUCUAGGCUCUCUUCUUGUUUUUCUCAUUUCCCAAUGCCUCUGUGUGGGAGAGCUCCAUGCCAGUUGUCCCCACUCUCAGGCAAAUACUCUGCAGCUGUUAUUGGAUGGGCCAUUCCGAUCUGCCUUAUGAAAUUCCACAAGAAUGUUAGGGGCACCUAUGGGAUCUCUAGUGGGGUAAGCAGGGUGCUGAUGGGGACGCUGGCCGCAGGGAGGAAGGAACAUCUCGGGAGGGCCCUCUGUUCCUCUCCCAUGGCAGAUGCCCUCCUCUGUAUGCAAAUCAGCACAGCCUUUAUUGAGCUUUACAACUAACAACCUGAUAGUUGGCAGUUAAUUCACAGUUACAGAUAAUGCUUUUAUUUACAUAAAUAUACCAAGUAGUACCCUCUUAUUGUAUUCACUUCAUCUAUUUUCUUAGAAUACUUGCAAUUACUAAUGACCCCUUCCCUUUCCCUCCUCCUGCCCUGUCCACCCUCUUUCCCCUUCUAACAUCCCUAGAGGGAUGGAAUCUCAACAUAACAUUGCAGGACACCAAAAGGAAGAAAACAAUCAAGCAACAGUCAAACAAACCAGGAGUUUAAAACAACAACCCCAGCAACAGAAGCCUUGGCAAAGGGGAAUGAGUGAUCAGCAAGUGAACACACUCUAUGUCAGCUCUCCUUUUAUCCAGCUGAGAUUUAUGGUAACUUAUUUAAUUAAUGGUCCUGUCAGAUGCAUCCUUGAUGGCAAGCUUCAAAUCCAAUUUGGUAUCACCAAGGAAGCCUUGCCCCCAUCACUCAGCAUUGCACUUAGAUAGAGAAUGAGUUAGAUAAACUUGGCUUGUCUAGAGAACCCCUGUCAUCUUAACCUAAAGGGAAAUCUUAUUGCAUUAUCAUAAAAUUGAUGAUAUCUUAGGGUCAGAAUUGCCCAUUUUAUUUUAUUUUGAAUGAGAAGUUCUCACUAAAAAAAAAUCCUGAGAUUUCUUAGUUUCAUGGUUCUUUAAAUAUUAUAAACACAGAGUCAACAUAGAAUGAAAUUGUAAGUAUUUGUUAAAAUACAUACAUUGGAGGCCAAGAGCAGAUGUCUACUUUCCCAAGUAAUGCUGCUCCUUCUUAAAAGUCUGUUAUCAAUCCUGGUAAUGUUAGGGGCACUGCGGCACCUAAGAAGCCUUAAAUGAGAGCUAAUCCAAUCUAGAGAGCGAUGGUGUCAGCAUUUCGGUCUGCAUAUAUGUGUGUCCAUAUCUGCGUUUGUGUGCGUGUACGUGUGCCCCUGUGUGUGGGCCCAGUUUUCAGGCAUGUAGAAUAAGCAUGGAGUCAUAUUGAGGAGGACUCACUUCUUGAAGAUAUGCUUGUCGCUUUACAACAUAUGUAAGCUAUUCUUUAGCAUAAAUGCAUUCAUUCUUUAAUAAAAAUAUGUUUGCAUUAAUAAAGCUGAGGAGUUUCAUACUUUA